AUGCCCAGCUAACCACAGGGCGCAUACUGGGCAUUCUACCGCACCGUAUGGGUGCUAUGGGGUACACACUUCGGCGAGGAGCGCCACAAGCGCGUGUUCAACGGCGAGCCCGAGACGCCCACCCCGACCAGCACCCUCGGUUAUGGGCCUGUCAAGCCCGGCUCACCCAGCCCAGGCGCGUAUGGUCAGCCUGCUACAUAUCCCCAACAGCAAGGAUACUUUGGCCCGCAGAAGGUAUAGGUUGAUUAGGUGCAAAAAGGGAGGAGGUUGAGCGCCCAUUAAACCGCCGAGUCAAUAGUCAGACCCCCAUACACGUAAGGUUGGAUUCACUUCGCGAUGCAUUUGUGUGUUGAUAUCUCACAGAGUUGUGCUGCAUGCGUCGACUUGUGAGGUGGAGCGAUGGUCGAGUAGGCAUGUGUAGACUGUUCAUGAGUGUGUCCUCGUUGCUCCUUGCCUUUCAAGCUCGCGCACAUACGGCCCUCCCGUUCUGGCAGCCCGGCCCCCACCUCGCUGUUGCCAAUGGUCCCAAAGCGUAUGCACAGGAUUGGAGUACUAAGUGGUGGUCAAUGCUCUCAAGACUGCAGGAGCAAGUGGUGCGCCGUGUGCCACUAACCCGCAAGGUGAUGACACCUCCUCGAAAUGGCCGCAAGCCAGUUGCGCGUGAGGACACGCCGCCCACGCGCCGCUGCGCUGUGCACUUUGCCGGCGGCGCAGCGCUGCUACCACGCUCCUGCUCCUCCGCACCCUCUUCGAGGCGCUCUACUCAUGGUUUCACCCCGGCGGCUGGUUGGCGUGGCUCUCGCUAAGACCCUUUGCGUCUUUUCCCCUUGGGCUGCUGAUUUUUUCAUGCUUUCG